AUGGCACAACGCGAUCUGCCUCCUAUCCGGGCUCCAGGAGGCCUCGACCAUCUCACAUGCAGCACCACCCAACUCCGAAACUUCGUGAAGAGGCGCACCGGUCAGAAGUUUGAAAUAGUACGAGACCGAGUCGCACUCGCGCGACGUCUACAGGCUCUAGACCUCGAGCCUGGCGUAUUCAGGUUCUUAGAUCUGCCCGCAGAGCUUCGGAACAAUGUCUACCAAGAGCUUCUUAACCUACGACCUCGCCAGUAUAGAGGCUACCACUGCUAUCCGAAGAUAUUACAAACGUCGAAGCAGAUACUCUCCGAAGCGAGAGGUAUACUGUAUGCGGGUAACAAAUGCAGCAUCGAGAUCUCGUGCCACGAGGUCGCAGAAGACAAGAUCCACUGCAGCAGCGAGGUUCUUUCAGACGAUGUCGUAGUCAGAGAGUCUUACGACAACGGCUUGUGCAGAACGCGAGAGCUCUGGCCAGCGCACUUGCUGCACUUCUCUAACCUCGAUCUAAACAUCAGCAUCAGAGGAGUCGGAGCCUUUGAAUCCCGAUGGACACACAAAUACAACCUGGGCUGCUCUGUCAAUAAUACACUGUACAGCUUAUGCGGCUUCUUGAGCUCCAGCAAGAGCCUCAAGGAGAUCAAUUUGAAGUUGACUAUCGUCGAAAGCGACAUCCCACAAGCAUGGCUUCAAAGACCACUUUGGCCUCUAUCCCGCGUUCCGAAGACCGUAGAGCUACACCUCGUGGGCUUCCCUUCCAAAGUGGAAGAGAUGAUCAAAGCCCAAUGGCGGAUCAGCGAGGAAAGCAUCAAGCGGGCACUCAAGGGCGCACCAAUGGAAGAUGCUAUUCCGCCCUGGGACCUCAGGAUCAACGACUUUCAAUACGACAUGCUCGCGAAACUUCGCGCAGCACGGAAGAAGGUCGAUGUCCUCUACCAAGAGCUCUCCCAUUUCAGACCGGAGGAGAUCUCUCGUCGCGGACUGAAGAAGCGUUAUGAGCGCUUUGAGAGAUGGUUAAGGGACGAGACACUUAUCGCUGAAGAAGUAGAAGUGGAGAUCAGGGCGCAGCUCAUGAUGUUCGAUAGGAAAUGUGUCAAGAUUGUUGCGGACAUCGAUCGUGCCGUGAAGGCAAGGAUGGCAAGCUGGCGGAAGAGGCGAGAUGUGCUCAAAUUGGGCGUACUGCCACAGACUUGA